UCACAUUUUGUCCCUUCGCUCCAUCGACGGGUCCGUCACUUUCAUCGUAUAAAUAUCUCCGCCAAACAUCGUUCUUCUUCUCUCUCGUUCAUCACCAUCUUCCUCUCUCUCUCUCUAGAAACCCUACCUCCCUCUCUCCCAUGGAAUCCGCCACACUCUCCCGCAUCGGCCUCGCCGGCCUUGCCGUCAUGGGGCAGAACCUCGCCCUCAACAUCGCCGAGAAGGGCUUCCCUAUCUCCGUCUAUAACCGAACCACCUCCAAAGUCGACGAGACUCUAGAUCGCGCCGCCGAGGAAGGGAAACUCCCCGUCUCCGGCCAAUACUCGCCUCGCGAUUUUGUCCUCUCGAUUCAACGCCCCAGAUCCGUCGUCAUCCUCGUCAAGGCCGGUGCUCCCGUCGACCAGACUAUCGCCGCUCUCUCCGAGCACAUGGAGCCCGGCGAUUGCAUCAUCGAUGGCGGAAAUGAGUGGUAUCAGAACACCGAGCGGCGGAUUCAGGAGGCGGAGCAGAAGGGUUUGCUGUAUUUGGGUAUGGGGGUCUCUGGCGGCGAAGAAGGCGCUCGUCAUGGUCCCUCGCUCAUGCCUGGUGGAUCUUUCCAGGCGUACAACAACAUCAAGGAUAUUCUCGGGAAAGUCGCGGCUCAGGUUGAGGAUGGUCCCUGUGUCACCUACAUCGGAGAAGGUGGAUCUGGUAAUUUCGUGAAAAUGGUCCAUAACGGGAUCGAGUAUGGUGAUAUGCAGCUGAUCUCUGAGGCUUACGACGUGUUGAAGAACGUCGGAGGGCUGAGCAACGACGAGCUCGCGGAGACCUUUACCGAUUGGAACCGAUGUGAGCUCGAGAGCUUUCUGAUUGAAAUUACUUCGGAUAUCUUUAGGGUAAAGGAUGAACAUGGAGAUGGAGAGUUAGUGGAUAAGAUAUUGGAUAAGACCGGCAUGAAAGGCACAGGGAAAUGGACCGUUCAGCAAGCGGCCGAGCUCUCUGUGGCGGCGCCGACAAUUGCUGCGUCGUUGGAUUGCCGCUACUUGAGUGGAUUGAAGGAGGAGAGGGAAAAUGCAGCCAAAGUGUUGAACGAGGCUGGAUUGAAAGAGGAAAUCGGUUCAGCCUCUCGUGGAAUUGACAAGAAGAGAUUGAUCGAUGAUGUGAGGCAAGCCCUGUAUGCUUCGAAAAUCUGCAGCUACGCUCAAGGCAUGAACUUGCUGAGGGCUAAGAGCUUAGAGAAAGGCUGGAACUUGAACUUGGGAGAAUUGGCUCGGAUCUGGAAAGGCGGGUGUAUCAUCAGGGCAGUGUUCUUGGACAGGAUCAAGAAAGCGUACCAGAGAAACCCGAACCUGGCAAGCCUUGUUGUGGAUCCAGAAUUCGCAAAAGAGAUGGUUCAGAGGCAAGCUGCUUGGAGGAGAGUGGUGGGUUUGGCCAUAUCCGCGGGAAUAAGCACGCCCGGCAUGUGUGCGAGCCUUGCGUAUUUCGAUACGUACAGGCGUGCCCGAUUGCCGGCGAAUCUUGUUCAGGCGCAGAGAGAUCUGUUUGGAGCUCAUACGUAUGAGAGGAUCGAUCUUCCAGGUUCGUACCACACUGAAUGGACUAAGCUUGCCAGGAAGAGCAAUGCGUCGUCCCCAUGAGCCAACUUUCUUUUCCACCUCUCGUGCUUCUUGUCUGAAUCUUCAUGUUCCUUCGUUUCGUCCUAAAAAUUUUCAUGCUUUUAGGCAUAGGAAAAACCCGAACCCAAUAUUGUUUCAAGAUUACUUUGUUCGGUUAAUAAGAAAUGCCAUGGCCUUUCUGCUA